AUGGCAGUGAACGGUCAUGAAUCAGUUUUCGAGCAGUUGAAUAACUUUCGACUGCUCAGUGAGUGGUCUUCCAGAGAGCUGUUUGAUUUGUUGGUUGGCAGUGAGUACUUAAUAAUUCUUUUAUUGUUUCAGAGGACCGAAAAUUUGGAUCUGUCUUUGUCCGUACCUCACGCUUUCCACAACAACGGAUACAUGGCUGACCAGACUUUUCAUACGCCCAGUUUUGGUGACGAGGAGUUCGACAUUCCUCCAAUUAAUCCGCACCAUCAGCAACAACAGCAGCAGCACCAGCAAGCCGCCAAUCAGCAUCCAUCCCAAGGCAACAUGGCGUCCUACCAGCAACCCCAGAUGAUGGGCAGUCAGCCCGCAGAUGGCAUGGUGAUGAACGACCCAUCAGCGUACCAGCAGCCUCUAUACCUGACGGGACCACCAGAACAUUCCAUGGGAAUCAGCGUCAGUUCAACAUACAGCAAUCCUCAGCCGACAUAUACGAUGGCCGGUCCAGGACAAGCCGGCUCUCAGCUUUUGAUGCUCCAGCAGCAACAACAGCAGCAACAGCACCCACAGCUCUUGUUGGCCCACGGACAGCCUCCCCAGGGACAGCUGCAGGCAACAUAUGGUCGCUCCCCUCAACGUAGCAGCCCCCCUACAGGUCAAGAAAACACAACCACGAGUGAAGACAGUGACGACAGCACACCGCACUCUGCCAUGAUGGUUGGUAUGAAGCGGCCGUCGCCAGAGCCAGCUGAUAACGGCCUGGCUAAAAUUCAGAAGAAGCCCAAGGUUCAGAAGAAGAAGAAGAAGCGAGACCCAAAUGAACCUCAGAAACCCGUGUCUGCAUACGCCCUCUUCUUCCGGGACACCCAGGCGGCCAUCAAAGGUCAGAAUCCGAACGCAAGUUUCGGAGAGGUGUCCAAGAUUGUUGCCUCGAUGUGGGACGCCCUCGACGCAGAGCACAAGAAUGUUUACAAGAAGAAGACAGAAGCUGCUAAGAAGGAAUAUCUGAAAGCUUUGGCAGCAUACAGGGCAAGUCUUGUGUCCAAGGGAGCAGGGGAUUCUGAGAGCCUGUAUGGAGGAUAUGCAGGUUAUGGAGGUGCCUACAGUGGGUACUCACCUCCCACAGCUCUUCCCUCACCCCCCAUGGCCACAUCCACUUCUCAGCAGCAGCAGCAACAACAACAGCAGCAGCAACAGCAACAACAGCAACAACAGCAACAACAGAUGACCAAUAUGGCAAAGAAGACACCUCUUCUCAGCUCCAUGAUGACAGAGAGGGGCAAUGGACCACCACAGCAAGGCAUGAUGGGAUCACCAAUGGGUCCUGUUGGAGGUCACAUGCCACCAUCUCAUCUUCCACAAGUGAAUCAAGGGAGCUAUAUGCAGCAGGUGCCUCCAUCACAUCAUAUGAGCCCACCCCGUAGUGACCAGCACUUGGUAUCAAGUCCAUCUCCUGGGGGCCCUGUCUCAGGAGGUGCAGGCUCUCCCAGUGGUCCUCCGGCACCAGUUCAGCAGCAACAACAACCUCCGCAGCAGCAGCAGCAGCAACCAGGACCUGGCACUCUUCGCCCAGGCAACACAUGCAUUCGCCAUGGCUGCCCCAAUGUGGCAAUUGCCAACUCUGAGUGGGAGGAUGAAUACUGCAGCAAUGAAUGUGUGGUCAGCCAUUGCAGAGAUGUCUUCAGUUCCUGGGUGGCAUCCAAUCCAAAUUCAACACAGAACUUCUCAACUGUAAAAUAAGACGUGUGAAUUUAAAGGAAGCAAAAAGGGCAGGCAUUUAAGCACAGUGUUGGGUGGGUAGGGCCAUGUGAGUACCAUAGAACAGACGCCUACAUUUCAAGAGUGAUAAUUGACGAGACAUUUUCUUGUGGACAUGUGUGCAUGUGGGUAACCAAUGCAACAUGAAAAAUUGAGGUUGUUAAGAAGAAUAAAACUUAUCAUCAUUGUUAUACUGAAACAAUACUUGUAAAUGUAUAUAUAAUUAUAAAUUUACUUGGUAUACUUAAAAUAAUAUGGGCACAAAAUGGUGCUCAGUAUAUUGAAAUAAUAUAGUACCUUAUUGACUGAUGGUAAAUGGAGAAUGAUUUUACCUCCUUUAAGAGUUUCUGGGGCAGACCAGGAAAAAGAGCAAGUAUUAUCAUAAAACAAAUACAGAGUAUAUUAUAUACAUGUAUAUAUAUAUCUCACACCUUGUAUACUUAUAUGGAUAGCAAAGUCUGCUGUCAUUUGUUGCAUGUUUGACUCUUUUAAUGAAUGUAGUAAUAAGAAUACCUCCCCAUUUAACUGUGGUGCAUUAUUAAAACAUCCUCAUAAGAAAUAGUAUUUGCCCCCACUCAUAUAAAUGUUGCUGUUGAUUUCCUGGAGUCUAUAACAAAUCGCUAUUACUAAUAUGUAACAUAGAUGUGGAGAUGUGAUGGGGGGGAGGAUUUCCCUACAGAAACCUGUUCCUCAAUUAGUGUGUAUCUUUCCUAAUUUCUUAGAGAGGAUAAGUUAAAAAAUAAUAACAACAACAAUAAUAAUGAGGGCAUAUUUUUAUAUCGUAUCACCAACGGUAAUGUAAAAAUCAUUAAGAAUGAUAAUGGCUUAUUCUCAAAAUUUCCAUGUUAUCAUGACUAGCUAAAGAAGCUCUUGUACAAAGCAACACACAAGGAUGAAAAUGAAUUUCUGCCUCACUCCAAUAUUUAAGCAGAGGUUGUGACUCUUUGUGUCACAAGACAAGAAUUGUUUGGUAAAGCCAUCAAAACUUAACCAGAAAUGGAGACAUGUUUUCAGGCACAUGCUGGUGGCCUGAGGGACUGCUCAAAUGUGAUUCUGAUUCUCAGUCAUGUGAAUAAAUGUGUCAUCACAAAUUGACACUGGAAACUUUUCUAUAUUUGGUGUGGUGGUGCCAAGAUAAAGGAGUUAAAUGUCACUUCUCUCCAAGUGGACUGAUUGUAUUACAGGUUCAUAAAAGUUAGUUACUUGUUACUCUUCAGUUUUUUAUCUCCUGGCAUUUAUUGUUCUCUUGAGAUGGUUCCAAGACAUUAUACUUAGCACAGUAGUGUUAUUUAUUCAUAUCCUUCUUGCAACUAAUCUCUAGAGUCAGGGAAGCUACUAAUAAGGAAUGAAAUGCUAUUUUUUCAUUUAUGACUGGUAGUAGAAAUUUUACGUUCUGGAAUGUUCAGCUUUUUCUUAAUCACAACAUAUUUCAGCAGAUCAGUGUGUAAUAUGUUAAGAUACCUAUUGGACCAACUUGUAACAUUGAUUUCAUUGUUAAUUGUGGUA